AUGAAUGUCAAAUGCAUCGCGAAGCUUGCUGGCAGGCAAAUAGCGAGGUCUGGACUAUCCACACGGUCGAUAUCGAAGCAAUGUCUCAUCGUGCGCACACAAAACCCCCAAACAUCAACGAGACAGGAUCAUCUCACGCGGCUGAAUCUCCAUCGAGCAUUCUCGACCACACAAUGUCUGGCCAAAAGCAGAAAGCCCGGAAAGGCGGGAAAGGAAGAGAAACAGGCUCCAUCAAAAGCUGGGAAUGAGGCUUCCACAGACGAUCCCUUUGACUUCACAGCCCUCGAGGCGGACAUUGCCAAUGCGUUGGAGAAGCUCAAGAAUGACCUAUCGAAGCUGCGGGCGGGUGGCAGGUUCAACCUGGAAGUGGUAGAGAAUCUGCGCGUGCAGCCAGACAAGAACGUCGACCAGACAUUGAAGCUCAGUGAUGUUGCACAGGUCAUUCCCAAGGGUCGCACGGUGCAGGUGCUCGUUGGGGAGAAGGACCACGUCAAAGCAGUGUCUUCUGCCAUACAAUCCUCCUCACUCUCCCUCACCCCUCAGCCGGAUCCCACAGGCGCAAAUCCGCUCCUGCUGGUAGUCAACAUCCCGCCUCCAACGGCUGAUUCGCGGAAAGCCGUCAUAGCUGAAGCUGCAAAGGCCGGCGAGAAAGCAAGCACAGGGGUUCGCGAUGCUCGAGGCAAGCAGCAGAAGAAGCUGCGCGCGAUGCAGCGGAGCAAAGCGGCGAGACCUGAUGAUUUGAAGAAAGCGGGCACGCAGAUGGAGAAGGUGGUGRAGAAGGGGACUUCCGAGCUGAAGAAGGUGGUCGACAAUGCUAAGAAGGUUCUGGAGAGCGGUUGA